AUGGACAACCUGAGCUUGGGUUCUGGUGAUAUGAAAGAGCAGAGGUGUAAACUGAAGAGCCAGGAGCACACAGAACAGCUGAUUAUGAACAUUGACUGCAUGCGUAUGGAUGCAAGUUAUUGUGACAUUGUUAUAAUCAUCGAUGAUCACAAGUUUCCAUGUCACAAGGUUAUACUUGCAGCUGGCUCCCCCUAUUUCAAAUCCAUGUUUGCAUCUGGCAUGGAAGAAAGUCGAAAGAAAGAAAUUGAGAUUAAACUGAUAGAUCCUGUUGUGUUUGGCCAGGUUCUUCAGUUUAUUUACACCGGAAAUGUGGACAUAUCUUCACCAAUUGUCCAGGAACUUUUCAUUCAGGCACAGUUGUUCCAGAUUGGGCAACUUGUAGAGCUGUGCGUCAAAUACCUGGAGAAGACAAUGAAUGAACCAAACUGCCUGGCAGCCAUGACACUUGCUGAAGCUCAUGGACAUGUUCCUAUGUAUGAAUUUGCCUUACGUUACGUCUGCUGCCAUUUUGAUACAGUAAAGAAUGACGAGGACUUUCUCAAACUGUCGCCGGAAUGCAUCAUUGACCUGUUCAAGGACAGACAUUUGAACUGCAACUCAGAAGAAGAAGUUUAUGAAGCUGCUGUCCACUGGCUUGACAGCGAUUUCGACCGCAGAAAGGCAUAUUCUUACAGUGUCCUUUCCUGCAUCAAAUUUCCGCACAUAAGCCAGAGCUACUUGAUUGAUGUGGUUAUCAAAAGUGGGCACCUGGCCGAUGACCCACAUGGUAGAGAGUUGUUAGACGAAGCUGUGCUUUAUCACACGGUGCCUUCUCGACGUCACAUGCUGCCAUCUUACCAGGUCACACCACGUUACACUUUUCCAUACUACGAGUGUGCAAUCCUGUUAGGAGGUCGACUGGUGGAUGGGUUGAGCAACGAUGUGGAAUGUUACCGUGCAGAUCUGAGAGAAUUUUCACAGCUGCGACCCCUGCCAUUCAAGAAAAGAAAUGAAUUUGCUGCUUGUGCUGUGGGUGAUGAGAUUUUCGUUUCCGGCGGGCUCCGGAGCUCUGAAUUCUGGAAAUACGACUCGACAUUCGAUACAUGGUUAAGAGGUGCCAACAUGAUAGUGGCGAGGCGCAGGCACGCAAUGGCUGCUGUUGACCACACAAUUUAUGCUUUGGGUGGUUUCGACGAAGAAUUUGUGCUGGAUUCAGUUGAAAAGUGGGAUAAAAAAACUAACAAGUGGGAGGAAGUUGGACGACUUUUGACAGCGGUGGAAAAUAUGGGUUAUGUGGCUUACGGAAAAUACAUCUACUUAUUUGGCGGUAAAAAUAUUGAAGAGGUUGUUACUGAUACAGUUCAGUGUUUCGACACCAGCACGUCAGCUUGCACCAUCCUUCAGAAAUCAUUGCCAGCUCAUGACAUGUGCUUGAGUGCUUGCGUUCUGGACCGGGCGAUUUAUGUCCUUGGCCUUGAGGGGUUUUUCCGCUACCUGCCUGUCCAGGAUGAGUGGGAGUUUCUCAAAGACAUGCACCUUCCCAGGGACUUUGUCAGUUUGGCAGUUCUGGACCAGAAGAUUUACGCUUUUGGAGGACGUCGCCGGGGGGCAAAGGACAAUCUUUAUUCAGACUCAAUUGAAGUGUACGACCCAAAACAUAACACUUGGGAAUGUGCUGGUACAACUCCUGUACGCAUGUACUCGUACGGAUGUGUUCGAAUAUUGCUUAGCCAACAAAGGAGUGGCAGUUUGCACAGCCUCUGA